GGCUGCUGCAGGAGAAAACGAAAAUGAUUGGUUGAAGAUUUCACUAUUUACAGUACUGGCGUACAGUACCUCACAGUGAAGUGAAACUGACACUGUAGAAGCACGUGAACCUGCUGAGCUGCCAUCUAACUCGUUUCUGCGCUAAAGGUGAAAUGCAGUUUCAUCAACACUUUUAAAAAACUUUUCAUAAUUAGCAAUGCCUAUACGUGACAUGUCGCAAGAUGGGAAUGUCCUUGACACAGUGGGCGAGAUUGACAGCUGUGACAGCAUGGUCAGCUUCAACUCAUGCUUUAGUGAUGAAAGUCUGGAGUAUCUCUCUGCUGAGGAGAAGGCUUGUCUCAUGUACCUAGAGGAGACCAUUCAGUCACUGGAUACGGAGGAUGACAGCGGCCUGUCUAAUGACGAGUCUGAGGAGCUGCCAGCUCGAGGAAACGUGGCUAACAAAGCGGCCCACAUCUCUGCGUCAAUAGGACUCAACAGGGUCCCUAGUCAAGAUGUGCCCAAAAGCCAAUUUGAAGGUCCAUUGUCAUCUAGCAGCUUGGUGCAAAAUGAAAUUCUGAAUUUUAUGGUCCCUACUCCAUUUGUCCUUGCGAACCGUAACUCGCAAAUUCAAACCAGACCUGGAUUAGCUGCAUCCCAGAAAAAGACGGCACCUAAAGUGGCUUCUGGAAGUGCCCAGCUCCAUCAAGAAGCUCCACGAGUUCCCUCAGAGGUCAGUGUGGUUGUGAAACCACCUCUGCAUAAAAUCAAAGGCAGCAAAGAUACAGCGGAAGAACAACAGAAUAAUGAGCAGCCAGAGAAUGUGGCACGUAGAGGACCCCUUUCGUAUGAGGCUCUGGUGAAGCUGCGCAAGAGUGCAUCGAUGCGGAAAACCAAUGGAACUGAAGCCAAAACCGAAGGACAGCAGGUUUCUACAAAUAACAAUCUAGUGGGAGACACCUCUGGAUCCCAAACUCUUACCCAGAACUCACAGGCUGUGACAAGUAGUGGCUCCAAGCCCACUCCUCCACCUGUGGCCCCUAAACCUAAAAUGAAAACCACACACAAUGUCCCAAUGAACCAGGAAGAUGCCUCCAACACUAAGAUUGACUCAACCAUGCCUUGCUCUGGGCUAUUGACAGUAGAUAAAUUAAUGAACCCAGAGAAAGUAAGAGUGGAGGCUCUUAGCAAGUUAGGUCUCCUCAAGGAGGACACACAGAACCCAGUCUGUCGACAACUAAAGCAUUCCCAAUCCCCUGCAAACUUGGAGCAAAACCAGACCACAAGCGAACGUCUUACUCCAAGUAUGCCUGCAAGAUCUGGAGGACGAAUAAACCAGCCAAUACAAAGUUGCAAUCCUCUCCACCAGAAGUCCAUGAGCGAUCUUGCCACAGCUUCUUCACCUCCUCAACAUGCUGAUAUGACUUCAACCGGGAAAUCUGCCACACUGGAACUCCCUGGGAUGGGACUGUCAGGUUCUAACAUCACAGUCAUAAAUCAGGUUUCUAAGAAUCAAAAGUCAUGUUCCUCUGAAGCAGGGACCAAGAACCACCUUAAAGACACUCAAAUAGAUGCUAAUGAAUCGACACCCAGAAAAGAUGCGUUGCACGUAUCAUCAUCUCAUUCCAAAAGCCUAAACGUGCCGGUUCCCAGCAUCGGAAGGGAUCGGAGAGAGGCAUUACGAAAGCUUGGAUUGCUGAAAAACUGA